GUUUCCAUUAUUUUAACGAACUGGUUAUUACCAGGAACAGGUCAAACUUAAUGGAGGAGGUUAUUACAAUUGGGGGAGUCAUUUUUGACCCUGAUACCCUUGAACAUAUGUGGGAUUUUCGAAAUACCCAUUUAGAUGUUCUAACUAAAAGUAGCUACAUCAUAGCCCAUGAAAUUACAAGAGUUAUGAAUGCAUCGAUAGCCUAUCGUAUGCAUUAUGCGUGGGAUUAUCACGGAAACAGAAGUGAAAUUGAUCCACUCAUGCAAGAUUUUAUUUCCGGUUUGACAGACAUCUCAGGUACAGUAAUAGCAGGUGACACAACACGCCUGCACAUAGUGGAGUAUAUAGGAUCUACAACUCCUGCUAGUGUGGCUUUUCUUUUGAAGGAACCGCCAUUAUCAACGGUGUACAAUUUAUAUACUUUAACUUUCGGUACGGAUGUAUGGAUUGCCUGUGGACUUCUCAUAUUAUUGGCAUUUAUACCUCUCCAAAUGAUUUUCGGAUGGGAAUGGGUUUUGACGCAUCCUGCAGACACACACGAUAAUCGAUGCCAGAUGAUAACAAGAUCUAACCUUUCCGACACGACAUUGUUUCAAGUCGAGAUGAUAUGUCAACAGGGCACAAACGUUGUUCCAAAAAGUAUAUCCGGAAGGAUCUUGGUUCUUAUUUUGCUUAUAGCUUUUAUGUUCUUGUACACUUCUUUUUCCGGUAAUAUUGUGGCAUUAUUACAGUCCACUUCGGAUUCCAUUCAGACACUGGAUGAUCUACUUACCAGUAGAAUUAAACUUGGAGCAGAAAAUUUAGCGUAUGCAAAACAUUACUUUUCAGUGGAAGAAGAACCUCUUCGCAAAAAGAUAUACAAUACCAAACUUGCUCCGAAAGGCCAGCAAAAUAAUUUUAUAUCCAUGAAAAAGGGAAUUGAGAAAGUUAGAACUGAAUUUUACGCGUUUCAUUGUGAACUAACGUCGGCUACACAAAUCAUACGGAAAACUUUUCGAGAGCAUGAAAGAUGCGGGCUAAAAACAAUACCGUUUUUGUCUAUAUUAGCGCACAACGUCAUUAAAAAGAACUCUACCUUCAGAGAUUUUUUUACAGUGAGUAUACGGAAACUUGGAGAAUUUGGGAUUGAAAGACGAGUUGCUCGAAAAAUGUUUGCGAGUUUGCCAGUUUGUGAUAAAUCAUCUGGAAUCUUUGUAGCUGUCGGCAUCUCCGAUUGUUAUUUUGUAUUUUUAUUAUUUGGUGUGGGAGCUACAAUAUCGGAAAGCCAUGUCCAAAUCGCCAUUGCUCGGGUCGACUAG